AUGGCUGCAUCAUUCUCUGGUGUGAGCCUUUCUGCUCCAGCACUCUUUAACAACAUUUCAGAUGCACCAACCAUCAAGUCCCCGUGGCUAAAACUGAGCCAGCCAUGGACCAACAAGUCCAUCCAAUAUGGUUCAGGCCGGAUGGGAGUUCGGACCAUGGCAACCCAGCCAGACCUCACAGGGAAGGUGGCUGAGAGCAUCAAGAACGCGGAGGAGACGUGUGCAGGGGACUCUGUGGAGGGAGAGUGCGCGGCUGCGUGGGACGAGGUGGAGGAGCUGGCUGCAGCAGUUAGCCAUGCAAAGGACAAGGCAAAACAAACGGACUCCUUGGAGGAGUUCUGCAAGGAUAAUCCUGAGACUGAUGAGUGCCGCACUUAUGAUAAUUGA